AUGUCCUUCGUUUGCGACAACUGUGGGUAUCGCAGCACAGACGUCAAGUCAGGGGAGACAGGGGAUAAACGAGUGCGAAUCGUACUGAACGUCUCCUGCCCGCUCGACUGGGACAGGAUGGUGCUGAAAACUUCAGAAGCGUCGCUAAAGAUCCCUGAGCUGGAGCUCGAGUUGCAGCAGGGGAGCAUGGGAUCAAGUUUCACAACUAUCGAAGGGCUCUUUGGGCAGAUUCUGGAAGCGCUGAAGAGGACGGCAUUGUUCACGGGAGGAGACAGCGCAGGACAGAACGAGUUUGCGAAGAAACUUGUGAACUUCGUAGACAAGAUGGAUGAAACACUGAUGAAGAAGCUUCAAGUCUCUUUGAUUCUCGACGAUCCUUCCGGUCUGUCACGAGUUGAACCUCUAGGAAACGCCGACUCGCGUCUGCUGACUGAGUACCACGAGGAUGAGAGAGAAGAAGAUGAUGCUGACGACCAAGACAAGUGA